AUGGUCAACGCACGUACUCUGCAGUACGUUGAUCAAAUGAUUAAACGUAUCGUCGAGUUUCGCACUCGUAGACGUGAUUUAGGUCAACAGAUUCUGGAUAUUAACUAUGAUGAGAUAACACGGCAACCGAUUGCUACUGUUCGUCGAAUCUAUGACCAUUUCGGCUUUCGCUGGUCAAACGAAUUCGAAAUAGCCAUGCAGAAUUGGCCUCGUGAUAAUCCGCAAGGUAAACAAGGUCGACAUACCUACAGUCUAGCUGAUAUUCAUCGUACGCAUGAUGAUAUCAAAGCGCAAUACAACGACUAUAUUAAGUUGUUCCAAAAAUAA